CUCUCUCCUGCCGAUGACUCCGGCUCCGCUUCGCCUCCUCUGCCGCGUGUGGUUCGGCGCAACCCUCGCCGUGGCGUGCCUCCUCCUCGGAGCUGCUACUCGCGUCCUCCACCUGCUCCCCAUCUCGCUCGAGUUGAGUGAAGACCUGUCGGUCUCGACUGCAGCCGUUCUCUUCCGGCUGAUGUUGCGCGUCAAUCCACAGAUCCGAGUCAUCAACACGGCCCGCGAAGCCGACUGGGAUCGACUCGCGGCCUGCUCGCCGGCGAUGAUCCUGAUGAACCACACCUCCUUCUUCGACUUCUUCCUCUUCACCGCGCUGCUGCCGCCCCGGUUCGUCCGCCGGGCGCACGUGCGCACUGUGAUGUCCGCCUCGAUCGCCCAGCUCCCUUUCCUGGGGCGGAGCAUCGGCGACCAUGCAGGCUCGUUCAAGGUCUACUUCCAGGCCAAGGGCGCUGGGUUUGGCAAGGGCGACGCGUCCGACUUCUCGGUCGACAGGGCUCGCCAGGAGGCGGAGACGGCGCGGAUGGAGGCGCACAUCAAGAGGCGCGGAGUCCUCGCCUUCUGCCCGGAGGGCGGCAUGAACAAGACGCCGUCGGAGCGACUCAACCCGUUCCGCCGCGGCUCCUUCGCGCAGGCGGCAAAGUACUCCACUCCCAUCUGGGGCGCGGCCCUGCACGGCAGCACGGCCGCCUGGCCGCGCGACGCCCUCUUGGGCGGCGACCCCAGCACCGUCGCCCUCUCGCUCGAGCAGCUGACGCUGCUGCCUCCGCCGGUGGCCACCGCCACGGCCGCCGACCUCGCCGAGGCUUGCCAGGAGGCGAUGCAGCGGCAGGUGGACCGCCUCGCGACGCUUGCGCGGGGAGGGGCGCGCACUGAGGGAGGCGCGACACGCGCGCGGGCUUCCUAGCGCGGCCAGCGCGCGCCCGAUGGCCACUCGUACUCCCAAGGAGGCGGAGAGAGAGCAUACAUGGUACCAUGAUCGCAUGAGUGGUGUCCCCUGCACUGGCCGCUACUGACGUACUGAGUACUGUCAUCUCAUGACCUUCAUGAAGACCUUGUCCUUGAUCAUUACAAUAUUUAAUGGCUGUGA